AUGGAUGUGCCGGCAGAGCGGGAGGCGACGGAUUUGGGCACCGGCUUGGAAGGCUUCGCAGGAGAGGAUCUUAGCAGAGGUCCAGGUGCGCAAUUGGAGAGCCCUCUGGGCGUGGAGGAAUUGGGCGAGACAGAAAGCCUUGACCCGGAGCAUCUCAACGCAGAGAGCCCGAGCAACAAUGCAGAGGAGUUCAAUGUCGUUCUGCAGAAGCUUCCUGGGAUGAGGUUGGGGAUGGAGUGCGUGCGGCUGGAAGGCGAGGUUGUCGUGCAGAACGUCGCCGAAGGCAUGGUGGUGGGCGAAUGGAAUUCGAAGAACCCCGACAAAAUCGUCAAGGUCGGCGACGUCGUGCGGGCUGUGAACCAGCUUAGUCCUCGAGAUACCCAGACGAUGCUUGCGGAGCUCAGGAAUGCCGUCGUCCUCAACCUUCGCUUCGAACGUGGCCCUAGGGACCUCUCCAAGGCGAAGGAAGCCAACGAGGACCAGCCGUCACUCCUCAAGCCGUCCGGAGGGGACCUGAUCCGGAUGGCGCAGAGGAAGCUGAUGGAGGAACAGAACCAGCAGCGAGCUCAUGCGAUGCAAGAUGUCACCAGGAGUGGUGCAACGGAGGCACUUCCCAAGCCAACAUGGCAGGCCGCGUCCGAGUGGACAUUGGAUGGCCGUGUCUGCGAAGAGGUGCCCUUUCUGUCGGUCUACGGCUACAAAGCAACGGACAAGCACAAGUGGGACAAGGAGCAUCCCAUGCCUUCCAUACAGAUGUCGGUCGAAGAGCACGUAGAGCAGGCUGGAAACACCUGGUACCUUGUGCAGUGCAGCCUUCGUUUCGUGCCUGGUGGUGAAGAUGUCGCGGGGCCUGCAGAGCACUUGGAAUGGAAGGCACCUCGCAGACUUCAUCACUUGCGAACUGAUCUCCACGACCGAAUGAAGUACUUCAUGGAGGAGGAUUUCUAUGCCAAGGUUUUCGGAGAGACUCCCUUUGCAAGGCACGGUGGACUUCCCGGCACCACAGCGCGUCUUCGAGCCUGGUUGGAAAGGCUCGCCCACGCCAUCAACCAGAAAGAGGUGCCGCCGGAGGCUGCUGCCCUGGUCCUCCUGUUUUUCCAUGCCCCGUUGCCUUCUCACGUUGAGACUCCUCCGGCUUCGGUGGACGUGAAGCCUGCGAGACAAAGCGCUUUGGUCUUCACGGUCUGA